GUUCAGGAGCCGCAGAGACCGACGCCCGCUCGGCGACCUCCUUCCCUCUUGGCUAAGCCGCCGCGCAAGGCAGAAAGCUUCUUUCUUGCUCAGGAGGAUGAGCCAACAGGAUGGGGAGCAACCCAAUCUGUCCCAUUCCCUCUUCGACACCUUUCUCCAUGCCAAGCAGUGCAAAGAGGUGCUGGACAGUUUCGAAGCACUGUGCAGACAUCUGGACCUGGAGCAUACUGGCCAACUCCAGUUCUAUCACAAACUCAAAUCUUGUCUCAACUACUGGAGUGCCAAGGCUUUGUGGACCAAGCUGGACAAGAAGGCUGGACAUAAAGACUAUGAUCAGGGGAGAGCAUGCGCCAGCACCAAGUGCCUAAUAAUUGGGGCAGGCCCCUGCGGACUCCGCAUCGCAAUUGAGCUGGCCUUCCUCGGAGCCCAGGUGGUGGUGAUGGAGAAGAGAGAUGUCUUCUCCCGGAACAAUGUGCUGCACCUUUGGCCUUUUACCAUCCAGGAUUUGCGGGCACUGGGAGCCAAGAAAUUCUACGGCCGCUUCUGCACAGGCUCCUUGGAUCACAUCAGUAUCCGUCAGCUGCAGCUCAUCCUGCUGAAAGUUGCUUUGCUCCUGGGUGUUCAGGUUCACACCAAUGUGCAGUUUAAGGGACUCAUUCCACCAGCAGCAAAUUCCAGAGAACGGGGUGGUGGCUGGAGAGCUGCACUGCAUCCGGGCUCCUCUCCCUUGAACCAGUAUGAAUUCGAUGUCCUCAUCUCUGCAGGUGGUGGAAGGUUUGUGCCAGAAGGUUUUAAGCGAAAGGAGACCCGUGGGAAAUUGGCCAUUGGCAUCACCACCAACUUCAUUAAUCACCACAGCAGGGCCGAGGUGGAGGUGGCCGAGAUCAGUGGAGUGGCUCGCAUCUACAACCAGAAAUUCUUCCAAAACCUCUGUAACAAAACAGGUAUUGACUUGGAAAACAUCGUCUACUAUAAAGAUGACACUCACUACUUCGUCAUGACAGCCAAGAAGCAAAGCCUACUGCAGAAAGGAGUCAUCUUAAAUGACAAACCAGACAUAGAGAGCCUGCUGUCUUCAGAGAAUGUGAACCAGGAAGCUCUUCUUGCUUACGCCAAGGAAGCUGCCAAUUUCUCCACCAACUACCAGCUGCCCAAUUUGCAGUUUGCACUGAACCACCGAAGCCGCCCCGAUGUCGACAUGUUUGACUUCACCUGCAUGAACCGCUCGGACAGCGCGGCUCUGGUGCGGGACUGCAAUGGCGUGAAGCUGCUCAUCGGGUUGGUGGGGGACUGCCUCGUGGAGCCGUUCUGGCCCUUGGGCACUGGUGUGGGCAGAGGCUUCCUGGCAGCUUUUGAUGCUGCCUGGAUGGUAAAAAGAUGGGCCUCAGGAAGUCCCCCUCUGAACGUGCUGGCUGAGAGAGAGAGCAUAUAUCAGUGGCUGUCGCAGACUUCGCCCGACAACACCAACAAGAACAUCAAUCAGUACAGCAUUGACCCUGCCACACGAUACUCAAACAUCAACCUUCAAGCCAUCAAAGCCUCACAGGUUCGCAAUCUGUAUAUCACAGGAGAAAUUCAAACGGAUCAGAAGAAGAGGAGAAGCCGUGGCAGCACAGAGAUGGUCUCUACAGACACCAACAGAGCCUAUGAGGAACUCCUUAGCUGGUGUCAAGCUAACACAGCAAGCUACGAUGGCAUCAAGGUGGAGGACUUCACACACUCCUGGAAAAGCGGCCUGGCCCUGUGCGCUCUUAUACAUCACUUCCGACCAGAUCUUCUAGACUUCAAUGCACUGGACCAGAAUGACCCCAUCGGGAACAACCAGCUGGCCCUUGAUGUAGCUGAGCAGGAGCUAGGGAUCCCUCCAGUCCUCUCCAGCACUGAAAUGGCUUCUAUGUCUGAGCUUGAACAGCUUGGCUUGAUCACCUACUUGAGCCAGUUUUAUGAUGCCUUCAAGACGUCUCCGGAACCAGAGGAGAAAACGGCAAAACCUCUGACACCACGUGGCACCAAGGGAGCUAUUCUCUUCCUCAGCAAGCUUCAGAAAAGUCUCUCUCUGUCACGUAAACGGAACCUGGAGAACUCCACAACAGAUGCAGAAACCAAGAAGAUGAAGCACGGGGCUGGGAACUCCCCCAUCUCCCCUGUGAGGAGCAGUGAUGCCUGCUAUUUCUGCGGAGAGCAUGUGUACAUCCUAGAGCGAGUCAGUGCUGAGGGGCACUUCUUCCAUCGAGGCUGUUUCAAGUGUCACCACUGUAAGACGACGCUGCGGCUGGGGGACUUUGCUUUCAAUGAAGAUGACGGCCAUUUCUACUGCAUGCUGCACUGUUCAGCCACCGCAAAUACAACUGCAUCCAGCAACAGAGCCUCUUUCAAAGCAGGCCAUAAGGAUUCCUUCCUCUACAGGCCUUCCGACAAAGGCAGUCUGGACGGGGCUGCUGAGGCGGAUUGGAUGGAAACGGAUUCAGAUCAACAAAGGCCAGAUGAGAAUCUGUCGUCCCACAUGGAUCAGCUGCCAGCAGGCGAAGCUGAGGAACAUCCAAAACUAGACACUGAAGAAUCCAGCCUAUUCCCAUCCAGAGAAAUUGGAGGUGCUGUCACAAUUAACUCAUCUCAGCGACUGCAUCAGCAGCCCCCUCUUGUGGGGGAUGAAAAUUUGGGGAACUCUGUUCCUGAGACUGACUUGGCUUCACACGUUCUGGACCAAAGUGUAGAUGGAGACCGGGCCCAUCCUAAAAAAAAUACAUUUGACUUAAGAAAUUUGACUGGCAGCCAGCCCCAGGAAGCAGCACAAGGGAUCCUGCGUACGGGAGUGCAUAGAGGUGGCGUAAAUCCUGCUGUUUCCACAAAGAGGUCAACUACUGCAAUCUCUAAACCAGAACAGGAGGAGUGUGAAAACAUCCAGAGGAGAAAGAUUUGCCUGUCGACCCUGGAGAAGCGUGAAUUAUCUAGACUGAGUCCAAUUUCAACCUCAUUUCAUUUUCCAGAGAUGUGGCUGCAACAAUCCAGUGUCAACGAAGAAUUAGAAGAUUCCCUCGAGAUUGACAGUGACAGCGAGGAGGAGGAGGAAGAAGAAGAAGAAGAAGACGCAGACAGCCAAGAACUCGGAGCAGAUUUUCAUUCCUUGGGCUUGACCGAAGACCCUCAAUACCCAACCUGGAAAAAGACGCUGGUGAGACGAGCCAAAGAAGCCCAAAUGAAGAGGUUCUGCAAAGCUCAGUCAAUCCAGCGGCGUCUAGAAGAAAUCGAAGUGACUUUCCGAGAGCUUGAGAAAAAGGGAAUAAAGCUGGAACGCGCUCUGCGGGAUGAGGCAGGGUCUGAACUAAAGGCACGCUGGAUCAACCAGUUGCUUUCACUGGUCCAAAAGAAGAACAGCCUGAUGUGCGAGGAGUCUGACCUCAUGAUCGCGGUGCAAGAGCUGAAGCUAGAGGAGCAGCAGUGCCAACUGGAUCAGGAGCUGCGGCAGUACUAUAACAUGGAUGAGCCUUCAAAAACCCUUGAGCACCAGCUGGCAGAGAAGAAGAUCCUGUCGCAGCUACUGGAGGUUGUGAAUCAGCGCAGUGCCCUGAUUGAGAUGCAAGAGAAGAAGCGUCUCAGUGAACUCACUGAGCAUGCUCCGAUGAUGGAGGAACCUCUGGAAAAGCUCAGUUGGCUGGACUGAAGCCUGCUGAGUUUAGAGGCUGUGAUCUUUGUCCAGAGGUUCUGUUUCAGCACAGACCAGCGCAGGAAAGGAAGUUGCUCUUUGACAAAGCUCUGUCUAAGACACUCAGCGACACCUUACCUGCCGCAUCGGGGAAGACCAUACGGAUGCUGCUCAAACUGACGUUGAGCUCCAGGACGUUGCAGCGACAACUGUGCACUGUGAGCAGCAUCAGACACUUCUGCCAAUUUACCCGCCCAGGUCACCUUGGCAAGGCCCAUGCCCCAGAGUUGGGGCUUAUGCAGUUUCCCUGGAGGAGAAGCCCAGCCUCCAAGCUGCUCCAGCUACAGAGCUGUGAGUGCGUUAAAGAGUAAGGUAGGAAAUAGAAUACAUUGUUGUUGUUGUUUUUGCCAAGAAGAAAUGUUAUUACGAUGUGUCUUAAGAUUGUAACCAGUGUGAUGAGGCAUUUGGAGGACAAAUAACCAUGGAAAAAUGCCAGUAUUUGGAGAGACAUUGUACGUACUGUAGCCAUAGCAUGUAGAAGUGGAGCUGCCUGCGUGCCCUACUAUGGCACAGGGCCGUGCUGAGCAGGGCAGCUUCUCUUUCACGCCACUGCAGGAGCCUACUGUGGUUGCUACUCCUGCUUGUGAAGGAGUGCUGUAAUCCCAUACCUGUGGAGAAGGUAGUAGGGGCUGCAUGGUGUAAGUGGGCAAAACAUUUUUCAGUAGCCUCUUUGUCUUUGUCCAAGCCCCUUUCCCGGCAACCACAACGCAAUAUUCCUUCUGCUCAGGGCAGGUCUCAGGGAGCCUUGCAGUGGAAGUAGUGCAGCUUGCCUCCCACCUUCAAACUCACCAGACACAGGGGAAAGGGUAGAAACCUGCAGAAGUAUGUAAACUUAAACACAAAAGUUUUUUGAAAUAACAGGGUAUUGCUGGGGCAGAGGGAGACUUGCUGGCUGGAUGAGCAAGGCUGGUGAUAGACUCCCCAAAAUUAAAAAUGGCGCAGGCAUGGGAGGAGGAGUUCCCAUCAUAACAGAUAGUCAAGCAGGUGUCGAUGCUCUCCUUCAAAUAAGUAACAAUUCUAAGACCCUGUUCAGACGACACGCUAAGCCAUGGCGGUUAAGCAGUUUGAGUGAAACAUUAUGGCUUAGCGUGUCGUGUGAACCAUUCCUAGCCAUGGUGGCUACAUAACCACGGUUUAAACUUGUUCACUAACCAUUUACUGCAAAAGGGUUAGGGGCUGAACCACGACUUCAUAUGUUGUCUGAACAGGCCCCAUGAGAUACUAUGUGCUUCCCAACUAUAAAGCCACAUAGGUGUGGUUUGAAUGUGAUGAUACCCCUGCGACAGAUGAACCACCUUAAGAGAUACACAACGACAAGAGAGCAUUUACUUCACAGUAAAACCGCUGCUGCGGAAAGGCCUUAAAAGAACUGAUGUCAGUGUUACAUAACUAACCAAUCAAGCUUCUCUUUGGGUGAGAAGAGAGGGCUUUCUGUUCUAAUGAGAAGGUAGCUAUGUUUGGAUUGGAGUAAAGCCACUGUUAUUUUUAGAGGCUGUUUCCCCCCCAUUUCAAUAAAGAUGCAUGGACUGAACA